GCCCUUCGGUUCUCGCUUCGAUUGUUUGAGCCUUCAGUCCGACCAAGAGGCAUUCCGACCCCCGAGACCCAAUGAAGUUUGACGCGAGACAACCUCUCUCAACUCUCCUGCAACCCGCUUUCGAACCCACUCGCCCACUUCACUUUCCAAGACAAGCGGAACAUGCUGCUGACUACCCCACCUCCUAAACGCGUUCCAGCUGCACGGUUCUCUCCUCUCACACAUGGUCACCUCGCUCAAGGACAUACCGGAACUCCCUCAGGGACCAACCCCGGCUUACGGGCCCGAAGUCAGUUCGCAGCUCAUCGGCACCUUGCUGUCGUUUCUACUGGGCGGGAUGUUCUUUGUGCAAGUCUGCAUCUACCACACAUGUUUCAAGCGCGACCGCUGGCCGACUAGGGCACUGGUGCACGCAGUUGCCCUGCUCAUCUUUCUGCGCACCGUUCUGACCGGUGUCGAGGCGCACAUCUGGUUCGCAGAGGGGUUCGGCGACAUCGAGCGCUUCAUCGACGUGCACGACCUGCGCAUAUACACACCCGUCAUCGGCCCGCUCACUGCGCUGCUCGUGGAGCUGUUCUUCUGCUACCGAAUCGUGCUGCUCGAGCGGAGGGCCUGGCCGGUGGCGCUGGGCAUCGCGCUGAUUGCCUUCGCGCAAUGCGUGUGUGGAACUGCCUCGGGGCUGUUUUACUACCUCGGCGCAAAUCCGCACAGCGACCCCCGACACCAUACGUUCCUCGAGUUCACGCGCGCGUUCUUGCUAACUGGGGUCGUCUCCGCCGGUCUGAUCACCGGGACCACGUCGUACAUCUUGCUUACCGCGCCCGUCACGCCCGCCACGCGGAUGGUGCUCAAGAACCUCGUCUGGCUCAUCGCGGAAACGAAUGCGAUGUCCGCGAUUGUGGAGAUCGUCGCCUUUGCGCUGAUCAUGGCGUUUCCAGGGAGGCGGUAUUUCAGCUGUUCGGGGAUGAUCUUGCCCGGGAUCUACGCCAACACGCUACUCGCGACACUCAAUCACCGCGCCAUCGCCGGCGUGCGGUCUCGCCGCAGCUCGGCGUUCUAUGCCCUCGAUUCCAAUCCCGGCGCCGGUUUGCAAGAACUCGUCUCUGAGGUGGGCACCUUUCACUCCCGACCAGGCUCGUGGAUGCCACCGGAAUCCGUGGUGGCCGAAACGGCAAGCUAUGCGCUAUCCAGCACCGAUGGCGACUUUGCGGCCCGAACCAAUGAGACUGGUAGCAGGGCCAGUACGCCCAAUCCGCCGGGACUGGAAGCCCGCUCGAGUUCCGUCUCGACUGCGCACGUUAGUGUCCGGUCGAUGUUGUUUGCUGCGCGAGCGUCCGUCGAAUUGAGGGAGGAGGCUGAGAUUGAGAAGAUCGAGAAACGGUGGACAAGGGAAUUGGCAGUGGCUCGUCGGCUGUCCAGCGCGGAGACUCGGGAUAGACUAGCUGUAAAUCAGAUAAACUGAGUCAUGGUAAUGUGUCAUGCAUGUGUCAUUCUCAUUUCUCGCUUUGGACCAAGCGUUGGCAUUUGGAUCCCAAAGCCAUCCACAGGAUCCAUGCCCGCGAGUCUUUUGGCCAAAGCGCGGCUGGUUAUAAGCGUCGCAGAGGACUGGUGCAGAGUAUUCACUCGCAAUCUGCUCGACGCCCCCGAUGUCCCCCAUGAGCACCCCUCCCUGCGUCCUUCCUCCCGGCAAGAGAAUGCGUUUCUGGAUGGUGCAACUGCAGUACAAGCUUUCAUUCGGGAAGCCCCUGACGGAUUUGUCCUCUGCGUUCCAUCAAUACGAACUUAUUCGUGCUGGUUGGUGACCUGUGCUGGAUGUGCGCGGGGAGCGAAUCUGACUCGUUGACAGUAAUUCUCUAUGUUGGGCACCGGAUUAACGCCUGCGAUCCAGAGAGAAGGGCGCUGAACUCCCGCGUGGACCUGGCCCGUGUUGCUG